AUGCCUUUUAAUGUAGCUCCGGGCAGGGCUGUUCUUCGGAACCUUCGUCUCAAUGCUUUCUCUCGUCCCAUGCAUGCGCCUUUGGCCCAUUCUCAGGUCAGGCGCGUGUGUCUUGCGACGCAUCGUGGCACUUUGAAACCCUUUUCUACGACUGUCCUUUCUUCCAGUCCCCUAUUCCGACAACAAGUCAAUGCCUAUAGCACUGCCAGUGACAGCAGCAAGAAGAAGACAGCAUCGAAGGCGGGGAAGGCUUCCAAGAAGACCACAGGCAAAAAGAAGGCCACGAAGCCAAAGGAGUUGUCAGAGAAGCAAAAGCUGACCCAGGAGAGACGAGAAUUCAAGAAAACAAUUGAAGCACUCAAAAUAACUGCGUUAGAACCGCCGAAGAGACUCGUGGAAAAUCUCUGGAACUUGGCUGUUCAAACUAAACUCAGUGAAACUAAAGGGGAAUAUAAGUCCGGAAAAGAAAUAUUCAAAGCAGCUACGGACCUUGCUAAGAAUAUAAGCCAAGAAGAGAAAGAGAGUUUUGCAGCCACAGUGAAAUCCAACAAAGAGGCCAACGAGGUUGCUUACAAGGAAUGGAUUAAAUCACAUCCAGCUGUCCAGGUUAGGGACGCCAACAUUGCCAGGCGACGACUCGCCAGACUUACUGGUCGGAUUUUCCCCCCUCUCCGAGAUGAUCGUUUGGUGAAGCGGCCUAGAAACGCCUUCUCGUUUUACAUGAAGGAGAGAUAUGGAGGGGGCGAUUUCAAACACAUGACUGCCCCUGAAAUGAUUUCCCAGGCGAGACAAGAAUGGCAAGGCAUGACUAAUAUCGAAAAAGAGAAAUACGAGGAGCUUAAACGCAGUGAUAAGGAUCGCUAUAUCCGGGAAUAUCAGGAAGCCUACGGCGAGGAGCCCAAAUUGGUCAAGAGGGAGCGAGAAAGCGCAUAA